CGGCUGCGGCCCGCGGCGGGGCGCCCGGGGGCACCGGUUGAAGGCAGCGGCGGCACCGGCGGGACCGUCGUGACCGUCGCUUAGGGAGUGGCCUUUCGGCUGUUGCCGGGGGCAGCAGCGGGAGGUAAGCGACCAUGGACGCCAGCAGGCUGGAGCUGGACGCGGUGAAGUUCGCGCAGCUGGCGGUGCAGCGAGAUCAGAGCGGGCGCUACCAGGAAGCGGUCUUCUACUACAAGGAGGCUGCACAAGCCUUGAUUUAUGCUGGAAUGGCAGGGUCCAACUUGGAAAACAUUCAAGAGAAGAUAAAUGAGUACUUGGAGAGAGUUCAAGCUCUCCAUUCAGCAGUUCAGUGCCAGAACACAGACCCCCUGAAGUCCAAGCAGCAGCUGGACCUGGAGCGUGCUCACUUCCUGGUCACCCAGGCCUUUGAGGAAGAUGAGAAAGGCAGUGCAGAGGAAGCUGUGGAGCUGUACACGGAGGCUGUGGAGCUCUGUCUGCAAACAGCUACAGAAACCUCAGAAGCAGCUCUGCAGUCGAAGCUGAAGCAGUUGGCUCGGCAGGCACUGGACAGAGCAGAGGCACUGAAGGAAUCUAUGUCCAAGUCGUCUCAGAAGGAGAGGUCAGUGGCAGCUAAACCAAAUCAGCCAGUCAGAACCUUCUUUCCACUGGGACCUGAUUUCUCUUUGAAUGACAAGCCACAGACAGUCAGAGCAGUGCAAGCCAGUGAGCCCCAAGGCCAGAGAUACACUGCAGAGGAGAUAGAAGUGCUCAGGAAAACUUCCAAGAUCAAUGGCAUUGAGUAUGUCCCUUUCAUGAGUGUGGAUCUGAGGGAACGUUUUGCCUUCCCCAUGCCCUUCUCUGACAAAUGUGGGAAGUUACCUUUAUCCCCCAAGCAGAAAGCAAUGUUUGCCAGGUGGGUGCGACCAGAUGACAUCACCAACAACCCCACCAUGAUUUACACAGUGUCCAGCUUCAGCAUCAAGCAGACCAUAGUGUCAGACUGCUCCUUCGUGGCCUCGCUGGCUAUCAGUGCUGCCUAUGAGAGGAGGUACAACAAGAAGCUGAUCACAAGCAUCAUUUACCCUCAGAAUAAGAAAGGGGAACCAGAAUACAAUCCAUGUGGCAAAUACAUGGUGAAGCUUCACAUCAAUGGUGUGCCUAGAAAGGUGAUCAUCGAUGACCAAUUGCCUGUCGAUCACAGCGGGGAGCUCCUCUGCUCCUACUCCAACAACAGGAACGAGCUGUGGGUGUCGCUGAUCGAGAAGGCUUACAUGAAGGUGAUGGGAGGAUACGAUUUUCCUGGAUCCAAUUCUAACAUUGAUCUUCAUGCCCUGACUGGCUGGAUACCUGAAAGAAUUGCCAUGCACUCUGACAAUCAGGCUUUCAAUAAAGACAGCACCUUCAGAAUGCUUUAUCAAAGGUUUCACAAGGGAGAUGUCCUCAUCACGACAGCCACGGGGGUGAUGUCUGAAGAGGAAGGAGAAAAGUGGGGUUUGGUUCCAACCCAUGCAUAUGCAGUGCUGGAUAUAAGAGAGUAUAAGGGCCUUCGGUUCCUUCAGCUGAAAAACCCCUGGAGCCACUUGCGCUGGAAGGGUCGCUACAGUGAGAACGACACCAGGAACUGGAGCCCAGAGCUGCAGAAGUACUUGAACUUUGACCCAAGAACAGCUCAGAAGAUAGACAAUGGCAUCUUCUGGAUCUCCUGGGAGGACCUGUGCCAGUACUAUGAUGUCAUUUAUCUGAGCUGGAACCCAAGCCUGUUCAAGGAGUCCACAUGCAUUCACAGCACCUGGGAGGCGAAGCAGGGCCCGGUGAAGGAUGCCUAUAGCCUGGCCAACAACCCCCAGUACAAGCUGGAGGUCCAGUGCCCGCCGGGGGGCGCUGCUGUCUGGGUCCUGCUCAGCAGGCACAUCACGGAUAAGGAUGACUUUGCACACAACAGGGAGUUCAUCACCAUGGUGGUCUACAAGACAGAUGGCAGAAGAGUUUACUACCCAGCGGAUCCUCCUCCCUACAUCGACGGCAUUCGCAUCAACAGCCCUCACUACCUGACCAAGAUCAAGCUGACCUCUCCAGGGCCCCACACCUUCACCUUGGUGGUGUCCCAGUAUGAGAAGCAGAACACCAUCCACUACACCAUCAGGGUGUAUUCCCUCUGCAAGUUCACUUUCUCCAAGAUUCCAACACCUUACACCACCUCCAAACGGGUGAACGGGCAGUGGAAAGGGCACAGUGCUGGAGGCUGUGGGAACUUCAGAGACACCUACAAGAACAACCCCAUCUACCAGUUCCAGCUGGACAAGACCGGACCCCUGCUGAUCGAGCUGCGGGGACCAAGGCAGUACAGCGUCGGCUUCGAGCUCGUCACCGUCUCUACCGUAGGGGACCCUGGCCCCCAUGGCUUCCAGAAGAAGAGCAGUGGUGACUACAGGUGUGGGUUUUGCUACUUGGAAGUGGAGAGCAUCUUUGCUGGUGUUUAUAACGUUAUCCCCACCACCUUCCUGCCCCAGCAAGAGGGACCUUUCUUCUUGGACUUCAACAGUACUUCUGCCCUGAAGGUGUCACAGCUGCAGUGAGGAGACAGAGCUGUGCUUUGCUGGCCAAGGAGGUGGCUUUCAGCUGUCCUACAGUCUUGGAGCAGGCGAGUAACUGUGGCUGCACACAGGCACAAAAGGCAGGGACGUCCCAAGCUGAAGGCCGAGGCGUGGGAUUGCUGCUGGCCCUGCCAGCUGUGGGGGCAGGUGGCUGUGGGUUUGCUGCUGUGGUGUUGGAGCAGGCACUGCUCAGCAGGCUUCUGAGCAGGCUGCAGCGCUGAUGGUGACACGAGCUGGUAGAGCUCCAUUCAUUGCUUCUCUUGGCUUACUGGGCUUGGAUUUGAAGAAAGGGAGUAAAAGUGAGAUUCUCUUCUCCCAACAUCCAGGGUUAGGGGGUUGAGAUUAACUUCAAAGUAAACAUGCAAGGAAAGGUCUUCCUGUGUGCUCUGCUUCCUCAGCCUCAGCACCAAAGAGCUUUCCCUGCCUGCUUGUGCUGCUAUCUUGAGUGCUGUCAGCACUGAAGUAGUGCUCACAGGGAAGGGCACUGCUGCUGCUACUGCUGAGGGCUGUGCUCAGCUGCUCUACAAAACGAGGACAGGAGGGGAAGGAAUGGCCUUUAACUGAAGCCUCACUUCGGUGAUUCCAGAGCUGGUACCUCAGCAGGCAGUGGUACAGCACAAGGUCCUCCUGGGGGCAUCCAGGAGCUUGGCAGCAGCAGUGCCAGCUCUGCAGCCAAAGGGGCACUCUGAGGGGCUGGCAGUCUCUUUGCUGGCCCCAGGAGGCAGUGCACUGCCCAGCAGCAGCACAGCUGACAGCAAAACGAGAAGAACAAAACAUGCUUGUAGAGGAAGGAGCACUGACAGCCUUCCCCUCAGGCCACAGCUGCAGGAGCUGCACUUGCUGGUCCCAUCAGACAAGACAGCCUUGGGAUUUGCCUUUGUCCUUGCAAGCUGCAGCUAGUGACAGACACUUGGCCAGUGCCAGCAGCAGGGUCAGAGCCCUUCAGAAAGCGAUAGGCAGUGAGAGCAGUGCAGGAGCAGUGUGCUCUGUGUGCUUCCUCUGCGAGCUCUGCAUCCACUGCAGCCAAAGAGGGUCCAAGAGAGCAAAGUCUUUAACUCCUGCCUCACUCCUCCUAAGUGUGUUGGGUUUGUCUGUGUGUGUGUGCUGGGUCCGUGCUCUUUGCUUGCCCUGGGCUGACCUCUGCAGGUCCCUUCCAGCCCAGACCAUUCCAGAGUCUAUUUUUUUAAUCCUCCUUCAAGGCUCCACCCAGGCCCCAGUGCUGCUGCUGCUUGUAGCUCAGGGGGGCACAGAGCCUGCUGCCUGGUGUCAGACACAGGUCAGGCUUUGGUUACUCCCAGCCAACAGUGCUCAGGCUGGAUGAGAGGCAGGGCCAUGGCAAGGGGUACCGACAGCUUCUGUCCCUCUGCCCUGUGAGCCUGGCACUCAGUCCUGCUCCUUCAUGUCCCUCUUCUGUACAGUAAUGCUGUGCAGACCUGACCACAGCUCUGUGUCCUGUUAGUGUGCACAGCUCCUGCUCAGUCAGAAAGGAUGCUCAGAGUGUCUGAGAUACCAAAGAACAGUUCCAGGCUCCCCUUUGCUUCAUACCUUCUCCCUUCAGAGCGGCGUUGAUACACCAGAGGCUUAUUUUUAUACCCCCCAAAGGCAGCUCCCUUCUCCUUAACUGCAGAAUGCAGAGAGCCCUCCAGAGAACUGGGACUGGAGCCAGCCUGUCCCUUUGUCCUCCACCUGUCCCUCUCCUUUCCACUGCUGUCUCUUCCAAAGUGUAAAAUAAAGCAGUUUUUCCAUUCCUGA